CUUGAAUGAUCAAACAUUUACGUAUAUGUGAACAGUUUCGAGCAGAAUACACAGUAGUCACAGUACUCGAGAAGUCGCUCCACACAAGCGCAGAAAUGAACCAAUCUUUUCUGAUAUCGAAAUGACGGAGGUUAAACAUUGUGGUCAAUCGGAGCAAACAAAAAUUUUAUGUGUGGGCUUAAUUUGUGUUGAUAUAGUCCAGUUGUGUGAAGAAUAUGUGUCGGAAGAUUCAAAAAAAAGGUGUAUCGAUUUGAAAUACCAGCGAGGCGGCAACGCUUGCAACAACUGCACGGUCCUAUCUCAACUCGGAUGCCCGGUUGAAUUUUUAGGAAUUCUUUAUAAUGAUGAAUUAUUCAAUUUUAUACAACAAGAUAUGAACAAAAAUAACAUUGAAUUCUCUAGUUGUCCAAUAAUCGAAUACGGUAGAUUGCCGAUUUCUACAGUCAUGCUAAGCGAGAAGACAGGGUCGCGAACUAUUGUGCACUAUACUGCAAGCAAUAAAGAAUUGUCUUUAAAUGAUUUCAAGAAAGUCAACUUAAAUGAUUACAGCUGGAUUCAUUUCGAGGGUAGAAACAUAUCAGAAGUUAGUUCUAUGAUGGAGUACAUCAAAAGUUACAAUGACUCUUUGAUUCGUAAACAAAAUGAGACUUCUAAUAAAUUGUUAUCAAUUACCACGAGCGUAGAAUUAGAAAAGCCAGACGAUGAACUGUUGCGGUUAUUAAAAAACGCAGAUAUCGCUUUUAUUUCUAAAGAUUUCGCGCGAAGUCGAGGUCUCAACAGUAUGACGGAGGCGAUUGCGAAUAUUAAACGAUAUCUGAAGCCUGGCGCAAUAUUAUUAAGUGCUUGGGGUGAUCAAGGAGCAAUGGCGUUGACUCCUGAUGGAAGCAUUGUUCAUUCACCUAUUUAUCCUCCGAAUAAAAUAGUCGAUACCCUCGGAGCAGGUGAUACUUUCAACGCUGGAGUUUUGCAUUACCUGAAUAGAGAAAAAUCUAAAUGUAUAACAAAUUGUACCAGUGAAUUUGCGUGUACAAGUGAAAUCAUUACCACUGAUAUUUUACGAAAAGCUAUUCAGUUUGGAUGUCAGAUUGCCGGAUUGAAAAUUAGCUUCCGUGGUUUUGAAAAGUUGGGUGAAUUGUUGAAAAGGUACUUCAUCGUUAGCUCGCUAGAUGACUACAUGGUCUCAACUAUAGCUUAUUUAGCAGUGGCAGUUAGUGAGCCAGCUGAUCGCUCAGUAAGUAGUAUAACAGUUUGGCAGUAGUGAUUCAACGCAUGGAGGGAGCUGUUUCCGUUCGAUUGUACGCAAACCCAACCAUUAUUUUUAUCGCCUUAUCAUUGCCGAACUGUCUUAUCACUGGUCAACAAAUCAAACUGCCAAGAUUCAUUUCUGUGCUGUUUUUAUAGAAGUCGUCGGAGGUUAUAUAGACAACGA